AUGGCUAAGCAUCAUCCAGACUUAAUAUUCUGUAGAAAGCAACCUGGCGUUGCUAUCGGUCGUUUAUGUGAAAAAUGUGAUGGCAAGUGUGUGAUAUGCGAUUCAUAUGUACGUCCGUGUACAUUGGUGCGAAUUUGUGAUGAAUGUAACUAUGGCUCAUAUCAAGGAAGAUGUGUGAUUUGCGGAGGUCCCGGCGUUUCAGAUGCAUAUUAUUGCAAAGAGUGUACUAUACAGGAGAAAGAUAGAGAUGGCUGUCCAAAGAUUGUUAACUUGGGAAGUUCUAAGACUGAUCUAUUCUAUGAAAGAAAGAAGUAUGGGUUUAGAAGACAC